AUGCUUCCGGCACUCAUCGUGAUGCUGAAGGAGUGGGACGCGAACCUCUAUGCUCUGAUUAUAAUUUACAGGUUUCAUUUCCUUCUCUUCUUCAUUGCUGAUGUGCUUGAGCAGCUCAACAUCCUGAACCGGGCGUUCCAGCCCAAGGAGCUUGACUAUGCCAGCGUGCAUGCGCAGAUCAAGCGCACAACGUCCCACAUCGAGAGCCGCUACGUUGAUUGCGGCGACGACUUUGGUGGCGGCGUGAGCGAGAUGCUGUCCCACUUCAUCGCGCGCCAUGGGCCAGGAGGAAACCGGGAGGUGAAAGUCGAAGGGAUUGACUCGGACGGCCGUCCAGCACGCUUCAAAUUCAUGCUGCAUGAGGAUGAGCUGGAGGAGUUCGAAGGGCCCGGGACCCAUGAUGAUUGUGUGGAACUCUGCACGGAGUUCGCGGAGGUGAUCUUUCACCAACUUGAGCAUCGGCUUGGUGACCUGGAUGAGAUGUCCGGGCUGUUCCUGCCAGACGAGUACCCGCUGGAUCGGGCCGAGAGGAAACGGAGGUGCCUUCAUUGCCUACAGUCUCUGGUCACUUUGUUCAAGGCCGACCUGGUGGAAGAGAUCGUGCCAGGUAAGCCUUAUCCCAAGUGGGAGGAGAUCGUGACAAUCUGGAGGGCCUACAAGAAGCGCAAGCCCCACAGCAACGCUCCUCUCCCACCUGCAGGAAAGCAACAGAUCAAGGCCAAGGAGGCAGAUGAAGUGAUGGAAGUAGAAGACAUAGAGGAGGAUACUGAUGCAUCUAAUAGUGAUGAUGAUGAUGGAUUUGAUGAGUAG